AUGCUUGUCGCAGCAAAAGGGGAAAGGUUUUGUGACCAAAAACGACCAGGAUGCAGCCAGUGCGCCAGAAAGCGAGCCCUGUGUCCGGGUUAUCGGGAUAUGUCGAGCCAGAUCUUCAGAGACUUGACGCAGGUAACUGUGCGAAAGUACCAUGCCAAAAGGUCCCAGUCUGCGAUUGCUUCAUCAUCACAAAACAAAUCUCCAAAAUUAGUCAAGGCGAAGCCAUCGCUAUCUCUGGAAAAUGUAGCACUUAACUUCUUUAUUAGAGUGUAUGCGCCAUCGAGUCCCUCAGCCUGGCUCACGUACUUGGAAAGCGUGCUAUCCUGCACUGAUGCCAACAGCCAACUAUCCCUGUCCGCAGUGCUUGCACCUGCAAUUGCAAUCUUCUCGCAUGAACAGAAGCGCCCAUCACUCAUGUACAUCGCGCGAAGAUACUACCUAACCGCUAUCGCAGAUACCGGUCUGCGCCUAACAUCCAUCCAGCACGCUGUCAGGGAUAGCACGCUUAUGUCCAUCAAUCUCCUCACUCUGUUCGAGGCCCGAGCAUUUCAAGGCCGCUCUCCCCCAACAGACUGGACAACGCAUAUCGAAGGUGCUGUGGAAUUGAUUAGACUCCGUGGCAAUGAUCAAUUCAAGUCUGUUCUUGGGCAAGCACUAUUCCUUGAUACGGUCAAUAAUAUUCGCACUUCUUGCGCACAACGCCGCAUCGCGCUACCUGCACCAAUCCAGGACCUGUUACAGACGCUGCUGCAGAAGGAUUCUCCGCCGUUGAGUUACGGUAUCCUCGAAAUCGGCGUGGGGAAUGUCGUUGACAACAUUAUCGGGCUCGUGGCUGGGAUGCAAACCGGCGCAGUAUAUUGUAACGAUUACAAGGCUGUCAUCCUCGAAGGGCUACGUUUAGAUUCUCAGGUCUCUGAGUUGAGUCGGCAGCUUUGGAGCAUUCAGUCAUAUCGGGUUCUUCCUACUGAUGCUUCAGGGGCUUGGAGAUGGAGUGGGCUGGCACAUGAUUAUGAUAAUCCACAGAGUGCCCGGCUGUGGAAUCUGUUGCGCAUGUUGAGGUUAUAUUUAAAUAAAUGGAUUUGUCGCGCGUAUAAAAAGGCAGUCUUUGAACAACAACAGCAGCAAAAAGAAGAAAAGCUUCUAGAAAUGGGCCAAGAAUUUCAACACAUUCCUGAAACUGCAGCCUCUAAUACAGUACUCAUGGCGGAAUAUAUCCUCAGCAGUGUCCCAUACUUUUGCAGCCUGAUCUUAUCGCUUGAGGCUUCUUCCUCCUCUGCAUUAUCGUCAACAGUCAGAUGGCUUAUCUGGCCCUUGUCCGUGGUUGCAGUAUCGCCACUGAGUCCCGUGUCGAUGCAAAUACAUGCCCGGGAUUGUCUUCGUAAGUUAGGUGAAGAAAUGGGCUCGGCGCAAGCGGUCGAAAUCGCUAAUAUGUUGGAUAAUUCGGAGACUUUGGAGGACUGGUAUGCUUCUCACCCCCGGAUGAUAGUUGAUCAAAAGGCUUGGUUCUGA